AUGCUCGACUGGCAAUCCACUUCAAUCGUCAUUGCCGCGUUCUUGCUGGCCAGUUUGCUAUGCCUCAUUGCAAUCUCCUUGAAUCAGGAGAGUGCUGUGGGUCAUAGUUCACUGGGCGGCAUCCGCCAGCUCUUCAGCCCCGACGGUGCCGACGUUGGCACCCUCCUGGCUGACCGCGCCAGACCAAACCAGCGCUUAGUUCGAGCGUUUGGUAUCACCAACACUUUCGUCUCACCCCACCCGAGCGUACAUCGAAGCUUUGUCACCGCUGCCCGAUCCCUUUUGUCGCGCGCUAAUAAACGCGGAUGGGGGACCUUCCGCGAUAUUUCUACACAGGCUAUCCAUGUCGAGCUGAGUCUCGCCAGGUCCGGUUCAGUCAAUUACGGUAUCUUCAUUCAGGCCGUCACCCUGCGGGUGAUCUUGGUCGGGCUUCUGGGCGCUAAUGUGCCCAUGGAGGACUUCUCACCCGACGACAUCUACACAGCCGCCAGUCAUAUCAACAAACUUUGGUCCCUCUCAAAGGACCCUUCGCCUAUUCCCUCACACCUCCUUCCAGAGCUCAACGAUGCCUUGCGUCGUUUACUCCCUGAUAUCACCACUUUCCCCAAUCCUGUCGACAUCGUCAUUCCCGCUUGGGAAACGUUUUGGAGAGUGGUGGCGACAACGGUCGCUUACUCUCACAACUCGAAAGCCAUCACCCAGCUCUUCCUAGACUUCUACGCCUACCCCACGGACAACGCCUUCAGAGAGGCCAACGCCGACGCGAACAUAUCGCCAAAGAAUGUCGUAGAAGAAUCCAUGCGCCUGCAACCUCCAUCCAAGCACAUCGCAAGGAAGACCAUCCGACCCUCCUUGUCGAAACUCCCGAAGCCCAUCGCCAACCUGCUGGUCAGGUUUCUUCCUCGUAUCUCUUGGGUCAAGCACUACGCCGACGUUCAAGCAGUACUUCGAUCACCCGCUAUCUGGGGAUCGAAUUCCCUCGAGUUCAACCCUUGGCGACACAAUCAGGAUCCAAGUUCCACUUUGCCAAGUCGAGCAGAGGCCUUGGGGUACAUCUUUGGAGGAGGCAAUCUCCGAUGCAUAGGGAGCUCCUGGGCUCCUGUAGCAGCUGCCGUUGUGGCGAGUGCAGUAUUUGAUGCAGUGGAUAGAGGGGUGUGCUCCAUCGUUCCUGGGCGAGCGGUGGGAGGAAGAAACGGAUGGGAGGACUGGUCAGUCACGGAUACGAAGAAUUGA